ACCACCACGGAAAAUGGCGACUGUGAAAUGGAUGGAAGACGAAAGUAAGAAAUAAUUCAAUGCAGCGUAUAAAGAGCGCCCCGAUCAACGACGUCCGGAGGUCAAGGUCACAGAAAUGUCAUGCCUGGCAGCUUGUGAUGAAGAUGACAAAGAUACAGAUCCCGAGAUGAAUGCCCUCACACUCCUUCAAGAACCAGUGAGAAUGACACAAGCGGCCUUAUCUUACAUAGACUCUUUUGGCAAGCCUGCUCUUGCCAAACAAAACGGCGUUCUUGAUGUUUUGUCAAACGCUGAAAUGUUGUCCCCAGUUGGCUUGGGAAACGGACCAUCCUCGCAUAGGGCUACACAGGCACAUGAUCUCAACAGCUUGUGCACAGAGGAGGAGGAGAAAAGCAUCACACCCUUGAAAACAGUGCAGGAAAUUGAUACUGCAGGAAUAUGGGGAUUCGACGUUGAUUCACCUGAGGACUCAUUGGAUGACUUCAGCAGUGCCCGUGAUCUUCAGUGGGACCCUCACAAAGAGUUCAUGCAGUUCUUGUGGGAUGACCAUGACGAAUCCCCAGGGGAGGAGAUGCAAAAGGAAGUUAUGGUUUCUAGAACUCAAAAGAGGAGGAAACGUAAGAUGGAUAUGGUAGUUAUGGUAGAUCCCUCAGAAGAUCUUUACCCUAAUCUAGGCCAUAAAUCAUCUGAAGACUCGCAUGAUGGAGAAGACCAAGCACACUCUGUCCCCAUGAGCAAGGUACAAAACCUGAGGAUGCAUUCCAAAUCUUCAUCAACUGAGAACAAAGAGUAUCCAAAUGGAACUGUUAAGGCCAUCAAGCAAAUUUUAUACAAUGCGCCAACAUUAAACUCUUUUGAUAAUAAUAUAGGUCACAGGCUUUCACCCUUAAAGGGAAGACUUCCAGUCAAUUCUCCCUCGGAGCCUAAGCCAUCAUCCUACCCAUGUUCGAAAUGUCACCUCGUGUUCAGAAAAGAGAUCAGUUUGCAACAGCACUUGGAAUUGCAUUCAGAUCUUUCCUUUAUGUCGCCUAGUCCUUUUAUAUGCCAAGAAUGUGGACAUAUUUUCAGAGAGAGCAGCUCCCUUUUAGAGCAUAUGGCUGUUCACACGAAGAGAAGGAAACGACAAGUUGAUGAAAUCAACGUUAUGUCUGAUACAAAUAAGGCUGGAAACAAUGCACUUUGUUGCCCUCAAUGCCCAUUUCAAACAAACUGCCAGAAUACUUUUGUUAAACAUGCCCUGACACACAGUAAGAGCAAGCGUUGUUUUAAAUGUGAAAAAUGUAAAUUCCACGCAGUGUCUGAGAGAGGGCUUCGGAGACAUAAUACUUCGCAGCACAAGGAUAGCGGCAGGGAUGAGGCCGGUGUUUUCUCUUGCACAAUUUGUUCAUACCGAGUUUUCAGUAAAAAUGUUUUUAGAAAUCAUCUUCAGUGUCGUCAUAAACUGACGAUCGAGAAAUACGAAUCAAUACACAGCUUACAUGAGAUUGAGACAAAUGCACAGCUACCUGUUGAGAAGCAAGACUCUUGUAAAAUGGAACAUUCUGCAACAAAAUCUAAAAUAUUCGUCCCCUCAAAAAAAGCGAAUUCGAUAAGUAACGUUUCCAAUUUAUUCAAGCAUGAAAAGAUGACAAGGAGAUUUCUCAAGUCUCAAGAAACCCAGUCCAAGCUGGACAAAUCGAUCGACGUUCUCCUUUCUCGACAAAGACAUGACAAAGAGACUGAAGCAAAACGGAAAAAAGAAAGUGACAAUGUCAUUACAUCUAAACACUCGUCUAACAACGAUGAUAAUGAUUUGCAAGAUCAUUUGCAAGGAAUGCAUGCAACUAAGCUUCCAGAAACCAGGUCAUCCUCAAAUGGUGAAAAGCAAACUUGUGUUUCUAAGCCUGAUGCAAAUCCUUGUGAGUACAGUGUCACAGAGGAAGGCAUUGAAAGCAACAGAAUACCUAAGUCAACUUCAGAUCAGGCCAUUAAAAAGACGCCUUCGAAAAGAAAAAUGUCAACACCUUUUCGAAACACCACAGAACAGGAUUCAUGCUUUAUUUUACCCAAACAUUUGCCAAGUCCAAAGAUGUUAAACCGUUCAGAAGAGAUCACAAACUGUGAAGAGAAGGACAUUUUUAAAUUCAAAGAAACUCUUGCCAACACUAACCUUUUCGAUGACGAUGAUGUCAAGCAGGAAGAAAAGCACAUUUAUACAUAUAGUAGGAGGAUGUCAAUGAGAGGGGUUCUGCAGGCAUCUAAGAAGUUGUUUGAUAAGAUAACGACUGACGGGAAUGAUGAUGAAGUAAAGACUGAUAUCAAGGAAGAGUGCAUAGAAACAGAGGUCUUUGGAGACAGCCUUGAGUCCCACUCGAUGACAAUGGAAGGAUCCUACACGGACGAUUCGUCAGAUUUGGAGCCAAAAUCCUGUCCGUACUGCCCUGAAGUCUUUGAGUCUGGUGUUGGGUUAUCCAAUCAUGUGAGAGGCCACCUUCAUCGGGUUGGAUUGAAUUACAACGAGAGGCAUGUAGUUCCUGCUGAACAUGUGGCUUCUCGAGACAAGAAGCCACGCAUGAGACGCAGGAUUUCUCCCAUUCCACAAUUGGAAGAAGCAGUACUGUUGGAACCCCCUGCAGACCCUCUAGAAAACUCUGAUGACCUGGAGAUGAUCCAUUCCUGUCCACUUUGUGGGGACAAGUUUGAUAACCGGACUGGACAGUCCAACCACAUCCGAGGCCACUUGAAACAGCUUGGUAGACCAAUCAAAUCAAAGAACAAGACCCCAUUAUGCUUACUUCGAGAACUGAUGCGGGACAAGAAAGAGGUCAAUAGGGCUAUUCAAAUACUCAAUAAGAAACGAAAUAAAUUCUCGUUUCGUAAGUCGUCAAAGCUAGCCAGGUCUCAUUCUCUAACUGGACUCUUUAAAAAUAAUUAUAUUCCAACCAUCUCCAAUGAUGCCGAAUCACACGUCUCCAAACCCCAGUUUUCUUUGUUGGGAGUUGCAUCUGAAAAGAAGCAGCUUGAGACCAAGUUGGAGGUUAAAGGAUCUCUUUCGAGUGCGAGUGCCUUGAUAGGGAUUCUGAAGAAGAGAAAGUGCCAAGAAGAUCCAAGAAUAAAGGCUUCUUCUCAAAUUUCAAAAUCCACGUUAUCAGUUUGUUCAGAUACUGAACAUGGUGCUGGAUCAAGACUUGACGCUUCAUUACUAAACUCGAUAGCAGAGAAAGGCGAGUUCAACCGAAAGGUUUGUAUGCACUGCAAUGCAUCUUUCCACAGUGGAGUUAGCUUGUCUAAUCAUUUGCGGGCGUAUGCAAAGCGAAAAAGGAAUGCCUCACUUGAUGGAGCAAUGAUUGACUGCAAAGGAAGAAGACCUCGGUCAAGGCCUGGCUCAAAGAAGAAGACACUGCCCUUACCACAGACUCCAGAAGAAAUGUACCGACUCACAUGCCGGUUUUGUGACCUCGUCUUCCAGGGUCCCUUGUCGGUGCAGGAGGACUGGAUCAAACACUUACAGAGACACAUUAUGAACACUGGUGUUCCCAACACCGGACUGGGCAUGGUGGAGGUGUCCAUGCAGCCCCGGGACCCCUCCAGCCCCAGGCCGGACCAGGACGGCCCCUCCACAGGCCCCCAUCAUGCUGCUUCGUGAAGCCCGUGAGGAGUACUUCAUGGGAAGUCCAUAGAGUAUGUGUUUUGUACAUGGAUGUUCUUUCACUUUUACUUUCAUCAAGUCAUCUGUAUGGCCAAAAUGUACAACAUUGCUUAAAGGGGACCUAUUAUGCUUUUUUGACUUUUAUGACCUAUAAACGUUGUUAUAAUGAUUGAUAGUCACGUUUAACCAUAAUAAAUUGUCAAAUAAUGACGUACAUGCAUUUCGACGUAUUCCCUGCUGACAGUCUGGGGUGGCUGUGCAGAGCGCUAAACACUCGGGACAACGUUUGCGAUUCACUUGUUCACAUUUCCGGGAAAUCAUCUACGUAGAGGCACUCCUGCCGCGCCCCCAUAUGCCUGGUCAAAUCUGAGGGGGCGGAGAAGGACGAAACCGAGCGUUGACAGAGAAUGCUGAAAGCACCCAGAUGAGAGGAAGAGUUUCCCGAAAAUCUACAUCGUUUUUUGUGUAUGGUUAAACAUGACUAUCAAUCAUUAUAACAACGUUUAUAGGUCAUAAAAGUCAAAAAAGCAUAAUAGGUCCCCUUUAACAGAUUUUACACGUUGAAUAUAUUAUCAUGGACUUUCAUUUUAGAAAUUAUUUCCAAUAAUAGACCUAACAGAAAAUUGGAACACAAUUCCAAAAAAAAAGUUUUUAUGCAGUAAUGUAGUGUGGAACCCAUUUCUAAUGAAGACAACUUUUACCUCAAAGAUUUCUAAUGAUUUAAACAUCACUUAUGUCCAGUUUGGGAACACCUUUAUCAUUAUUCACAUUUAAAUAUACACAGGUCCAUGUAACGGACAGUCUCUUUUGUAUUGUGUCAUAUUUCCAAACAUUCAGCCAGUGCUAACGGGCAGUUAUUGAUUGAAAUACUUAAAAGCAAUUGCACAUUUAAAAAAUAUCACUGUUUUCAAAACUAAAAUGUGAGGAAAUGUUUGGAAAAGCAGCAAGGGUGUAUGGCAACUCCUGUUAUAGAAUAGGGUUUAUAGUAUUACAAUCACUGCAUUGAUUUCUAAAACAAAAAAAAUUAUGAAGAUAUGAACAGACAACCAGAGAGCAGAUAUUUGCUGCCCUUCGUAACUGUCUGUCAACCUAUAUUUAAUGUUUUAGACAACUGUUGGAAAAUAAAUGCUGUUUUUAAAUAAUUUAAUUUUAAAUGUACUAUAUAUAUCACAGAUACAAUGCUUUCAACUUUUUGUGAUGUUAUAAAUAAAAAGUUGAGCAAUUAGGUUCAUGUAAUUUAUUUAAAAGAAGAUUUAUUUUUGCAAAACACCUAGGAUACGGAUUGGGAAAAUAAUAUAAACACAUACAGGAAAGUAAGGUAUUGACGUGGAACAGCCUCUGACGCAUUCAACUGUUUCCAAAUUCACAGUUGAAUUUGACACUCCAGGCAAGUUUGAAAAGACGGAAUCCGUCAAACCCAAGUCAUGAGUAUCACCUUGUCUCAAAGCGUCCUUUUUGGCAGUGGACAUAUCUGGUAUCAAUGCCAUAGAUUGUAUUCUGAGUUUAAAAGAAAAGCGCUACAUAUGUAUUGUCCUUAGCUGUAUGUAGCAAACAGCAUUAAGGCUUGAGCUUCCUCCAGGCCAUAGGAUGAUCCAGUCAUUCAAACGGAUUGCCACCCUAAGAAAGGGAUAAAUGUGUUAUUACAGCACAUGCUUCGUCUCUAGAUAAAUAUAUGAAAGGAUUUGCUUACUAUCUGAUGUUCAAGUAUUCUUUAGAUCUAACUAGAGCUAACAUUGGGCCUAUAGCGUUGGUGGGUGCACUUUCUGAAUGUUUUUAGACUUGUUACUGUGGAUAUUUACCUGACGGUACUGUUCAAACUGGGGUUUUAAUAGGGUGAUCAUAACUGCAGCCUUGUCAAGACAUUCCUGUUUCUGCCGGUAGGAAAAUGACUGCAUCAACAGGAAAAAUAUGAAAUGUUAGUUUCAGAUCCGGCAACACAAUAUUUUGUAGUCCAUUAGUAAUGCUUGAUAAAAACUAAAUUAACAAUGACAAGUGUAUUACAUAUUCAACCACAUUUUAGGUGAAGCUGCUCAUUAGAACCGUUGAGCGUACUGAAUUCCAGCUGGUCUCUUACAUACCUUUUUGUUAUGGAGGUGUUCCAUAGAGGCGACAUGGUUCUUCACGGAGGUCGCCAAGGUGGAGAUGUAGACACUACACACAGCACAGUGGAGCACAUCCACCCUGCUCAUGUGAUCAGUCUCCUUCAACGCUGAGCAAACAAAAACGGUUGGCCAUCAAGCCAUUAUCACAUAUAUGCGAUAAUAUGUCAAUUUUGGGCGCUCUCCACUUGCCCUACCUUCGAUGUCCUGAUCCACCAUAGCACUGCAACACCGUCUCACUUUGAACAUCAUGACCUCCUAGGAGUUGUAAAGAGUACCACUGUAAAUCACCAUGGCCCAAUCAAAACCACUUUGCAUACUUUUCAUUUCUUUCUGAAUGUCUGACUUAAUGAUGUAAAAGGUUUAGGUACGAUUCCAGAGCUAAAGGUUGAGUAACUUUCUCAAGAGCUACAGGUUGAGUCCUUUUUUUUUAACAACUGCCAUAGCCAUCCACCAGCUUUUUAGCUGAUUAAAGCAGACCGCAAGUCAACUGCGAUCCCGCAUUAAUUUAACUGUAGAUGGAAGCCAGCCUGUGGGUUGGGACGCCCUCUCCCCUCACCGUGCGUCCCCACUCGGUGCUCAGUACCUGUAGGAAGGCCAUGGUCAGGUCGUCGUAGUGGUUCAGCUGCUGAAUGUGCUCCAUGGUGUUCCAGUGGCCCCUGCUCUCCAGGUGCUCUUGCAGCCCCUCCAGUCCGGCACAUUCCUCUUCACACAGCUCACAGGUGAAGGCGCUUCUAGGAGAUAAACCACACAGAACGAUGGAAACGUUGACACCCUACCAGCCAGUGCGCAAAAACAAAGCUAACCUUUAAAAAAGGGUUAGGGUGAGGAUCAUCUUUGGAUCAUGUAGCAAACACCAACCUGAAUACUUUUCAUUAGUGGAUCCAAUUACUUUUGAGAUCAAUUAGAUUGCAAUCAAAUCACUCCUAGCUCAACGUUUGCAAUACAUUUGAUGUUUAUUAUCUUUAAAACCUUUUAAAUGAAGUUCAACACCAAGUAAAAAUGCCAAUUUGUGCCACAAAUGCCACAUAUAAAUAUGUCAGCAAGUAGCUGUAAUAAUUUACUUUUCAGAGAAGCCCAGUGUAAUGAGGCCUUCUAAGUGGUAUGGCUGAAGAAACCCUACCAGCCGAAUAAGAGCUUGAAGAUGCCCAACUCAGGCCAAGGUAAACAGCCGAAAAAUGUCAGACCCGUUUGGAUGAGAGUAACUCAACCAAAGAAGUUUGAUCCAAAUACUAUUGCCUUCAAGAAACGAAUGGAUUGGCAACGUGUAUGCUCGUCAGAGUGCAGCACUGAAAGGGAACCGGUCAGCAGUGGAGCGGAGCGAGACACACACCUGGCCACCACAACUUCCUCAAGCGACUUUUUGCAAAACACCCCAACAAAAAACUUUCACUUAAUCUCUCAAAACAGAUUGCUCAUGGCAACCGGCGGGCUGAUCAUCCCAGUGAAUAUUGUCUUGGCAUGGCAGAAAACAGACCUAUAUAUUCUUCAUUACAGCUGGACAUUUUUCUUUUUGAAAAUGGAGGUGGAAAUAAUGGCCAGCAGCAGCAACCUAUGACGACUAGGUUAUAAUAUUUUUAGUCCAAGGGACCUCCAUCUAACCACUAUAAAGGACCAAGUGGGCCAAGGAAGUAAUGAAUAAAGUUAAAUGGGUCUGGAUUCUAUUCUCCAUCCACUGAGGCACUAUUGUAAGGCUAAACACAAGUUGUCUUGUUCAAAUUUCUCUUUAGGUCCCGGCACAGAAGUAGCAUUACAAAAACGUGUCCAGCUGUAUGGGAGUGGUCUGAAAAAAUGUCAACAUGAAUAACAUAAAGAUUUGUUACAUACUUUAGCCAAAUUAAACUAAGCCAUGUCAUCUACUUUUUAAUAAUAAUGAAUUGAUCAAAUUUAUAUAGCGCUUUUC